AUGCUGGCACCACGAGCCGCCAUCCGCGGCACCAAACACUCGCAUCUCUCGCGACUCUCAGCUCGACUCCUCCACAACAUCCACAACACAUGCUCACGCAGCAAGAAACUCACCCUGCCUUCCGGCCAAGUCACUCACGCCACCGCUCCCUCACCAUCCAAGUACGGGCCCAAAUACGAAAUCCCCCAGGGCGCACCCCAGCUCAUCUACGACCCUGAAGCCUCUGACCCCGUCACAAUCUCCUGGACAGACGAGCUCCUCUUCGUCCAAGAUGGACCUGAUGCGGCGCCGAGGGCUCUGAGACCCGCUACCCUCCGAGAUAGCUGUACCUGCUCAGCAUGCAAAGACCCCUCGUCCGGACAGAAGAGCUUUGCGAGCAUCGAGAUCCCCCCCAACGUGGGCAUUUCGUCCGUCCGGCCGACCGACUCGGGCCUAGCCAUCAGCUUCUCCAACGACAUCCCCCGAUACCCAGGCCACGAGAUGAUCCUCCCCUGGCACCAACUCGGCUCCUCCCUCAAGCGAACCUCCCCAGCCUCGAAGAGCAGCAUUCUCCGCCGCACAGGCGUCCAGUACUGGGACGCCGCCACCCUGGGCAAGCUCGUCCGCAAGAUAGACUACGCCGAGUUCAUGCAAGGCGGCAGCCGCUUCUGGGACGCCGUCAUCGACAUCUGCCGCCUGGGCAUCGUCUACCUGAAGAACGUGCCGCGCGACGAGGCGUCCGUCGUGUACGUCACGACGCGCAUCGCCAACAUCCGCGAAACCUUCUACGGCCGGACGUUUGACGUGCGCGCCAAGCCCAACGCCGAAAACGUCGCCUACACGAGCGGCUACCUCGGCCUGCACCAGGACCUGUGCUACCUGCAGCCGCCGCCCAUGAUCCAGGUGCUGCACUGCAUGGACAACUCGUGCUCGGGCGGCGAGUCGCUCUUCAGCGAUGGCGAGCGCGUCGGCCGCCUCCUGUGGCCGUUUGUCGCCGCCAGCGGCAGCAAGAUGGCCAGCCUGGCGCAGCACAAGGUGCCCUACCAGUACGACAAGCACGGGCACUUCUACCACGCCGACCGGCCCGUGGUGGACGUGGGCGACGACGGCGGCUUCGCGGGCGUGUACUGGUCGCCGCCGUUCCAGGGCGGCUACACGGACGGCCACGCCGAGGGCGGCGCGGCGCGGGACCUGACGGGCUGGAUCGAGGCCGCGCGCGUGUUCGAGGGCCUGGUCAACGACGCCGCCGCCGUGCACAGCUACAAGAUGGAGCCGGGCGAGUGCGUGCUGUUCGACAACCUGCGCACCAUGCACGGGCGGACGGCGUUUGACGCCGGCCGCGGCGGGUCGCGCUGGCUGCGCGGCGCCUACAUUGCCAAGGAGGACUUUUUGAGCAGGGCCGCGUAUAUCCCCGAGGGCCAGGCCGAGAUGUACAGGGGCACCAGUGAGGAGUGGAGCGGCGACUGGGAGUUGCGCCGCAGUGAGUGGUGGCAGGACGUGGUGAGGAGGGUGAAGGAGGUUGACGGGCCAUGCUGA